CGUCUCCCCGGCGCUCGGAGCCCGAGUCCGCGGGAAGAUGGCGGCUCCGCUCAUCCCGCUCUCCCAGCAGAUUCCCACUGGAAAUCCAUUAUAUGAAUCUUAUUACAAGCAGGUAGACCCGGCAUACACAGGGCGAGUUGGGGCGAGUGAAGCUGCGCUUUUUCUAAAGAAGUCUGGACUCUCAGACAUUAUCCUUGGGAAGAUAUGGGAUUUGGCCGACCCAGAAGGUAAAGGGUUCUUGGACAAACAGGGUUUCUAUGUUGCGCUGAGACUAGUGGCCUGUGCACAGAGUGGCCACGAAGUUACCUUGAGCAAUCUGAAUCUGAACAUGCCGCCACCUAAAUUCCAUGACACCAGCAGCCCUCUGAUGGUCACGCCGCCAUCUGCAGAGGCCCAUUGGGCUGUGAGGGUGGAAGAAAAGGCAAAAUUCGAUGGAAUUUUUGAAAGCCUCUUACCCAUCAAUGGGUUGCUCUCUGGAGACAAAGUCAAGCCAGUCCUCAUGAACUCAAAGCUGCCUCUUGAUGUCCUGGGCCGGGUCUGGGACCUCAGUGACAUCGACAAGGAUGGGCACCUGGACAGAGAUGAGUUUGCUGUGGCGAUGCACUUGGUGUACCGAGCCCUUGAGAAGGAGCCUGUGCCCUCUGUCCUGCCCCCAUCCCUCAUCCCACCUUCUAAGAGGAAGAAGACGGUGUUCCCAGGCGCUGUGCCCGUCUUGCCUGCCAGCCCCCCGCCAAAAGACAGCCUCCGCUCCACGCCUUCCCACGGCAGCGUCAGCAGCCUGAACAGCACGGGAAGCUUGUCUCCCAAGCACAGCAUCAAGCAAACACAGCCAACAGUGAGCUGGGUGGUGCCAGUUGCAGAUAAGAUGCGAUUUGACGAGAUAUUCCUGAAGACCGACCUGGACCUAGAUGGCUAUGUGAGUGGCCAGGAGGUGAAGGAGAUCUUCAUGCACUCAGGCCUCACCCAGAACCUUCUAGCACACAUAUGGGCCCUGGCCGAUACGAGGCAAACAGGAAAGUUAAGUAAAGACCAAUUUGCAUUAGCUAUGUACUUCAUUCAGCAGAAGGUCAGUAAAGGCAUCGACCCCCCUCAAGUCCUGUCGCCGGACAUGGUCCCGCCCUCUGAGAGAGGCACUCCCAUCCCGGAUGGUUCAAGUUGUCUCGGAUCCGGGGAGUUUACUGGUGUGAAGGAACUUGACGAUAUCAGCCAGGAGAUUGCUCAGUUACAAAGAGAGAAAUACUCCCUGGAACAAGACAUCAGAGAAAAGGAAGAGGCAAUCAGGCAGAAAAGCAACGAAGUACAGGAAUUACAAAAUGAUUUAGACCGGGAAACAAGCAGUUUGCAAGAGCUAGAAGCUCAGAAACAGGACGCCCAAGACCGCCUUGACGAAAUGGAUCAGCAGAAGGCCAAACUCCGAGACAUGCUGAGCGAUGUCAGGCAGAAGUGCCAGGAUGAGACCCAGAUGAUUUCCUCGUUGAAGACCCAAAUCCAGUCUCAGGAAUCUGACCUCAAGUCCCAGGAAGAUGACCUGAACCGGGCUAAAUCUGAGCUGACCCGAUUGCAACAGGAAGAAACCCAGCUGGAGCAGAGCAUUCAGGCUGGGAAAGUUCAACUGGAAACAAUCAUCAAGUCCCUAAAAUCAACGCAAGACGAAAUCAACCAGGCAAGAAGCAAGCUUUCCCAGCUGCAAGAAAGCCACCAGGAAGCCCACAGGACCCUGGAGCAGUACGACGAGGCACUCGACGGGGCCCACGGUGCCAGCCUGACCAACUUAGCCGACCUGAGUGAGGGCGUCUCCCUGGCAGAGAGGGGCGGUUUUGGAGCUAUGGAUGAUCCUUUCAAAAAUAAAGCCUUGUUAUUUAGCAACAAUGCCCAAGAAUUGCAUCCGGAUCCUUUCCAGGCCGAAGACCCCUUCAAAUCCGACCCAUUUAAAGGAGCUGAUCCCUUCAAAGGUGACCCAUUCCAGAAUGACCCCUUUGCAGAACAACAGACAGCUUCAGCAGAUCCAUUCGGAGGGGAUCCUUUCAAAGAAAAUGACCCAUUCCGUGGCUCUACGCCUGAUGACUUCUUUAAGAAACAGACAAAGAACGACCCGUUUACCUCAGACCCUUUCACGAAAAACCCUUCCUUACCCUCAAAGCUCGACCCCUUCGAAUCCAGUGAUCCUUUUUCAUCCUCCAGUGUCUCCUCAAAAGGAUCAGGUCCCUUUGGAACCUUAGACCCCUUCGGAAGUGGGUCCUUCAAUAGUACUGAGGGCUUUGCUGACUUCAGCCAGAUGGCCAAGCCCCCAACUUCUGGUCCUUUCACCUCCUCCUUUGGAGGGGCAGGAUUCUCAGAUGACCCCUUUAAAAGUAAACAGGACACUCCCGCUCUGCCUCCGAAGAAACCUGCUCCUCCACGGCCUAAACCGCCCAGCGAAGCAAUGGCUGAUCAGAAAAACUCUGCGCUGUACACACUGCUGGGUGCAGGGUGGCUAGAUGUACCUGUUUCCGCCCUCCCUGGUAGACUGUAUCAUUUCUGUGGCCCGGAGGCCGUUGUGUUGAUGGAUUUUUGGAAGCUGAGGGGUCAGACGCUUCUGAAGUACGCACACAAGAUUGCAGAAGUCCCAUUAGGGUCUCACUGUCCUCAAAAGGGUCUUUGGGCGAGAGCUGUGACGGUCCCACCCCAGGGCAUUUUGAGCAGCAAGUGAGAAUCGAAGGACCUUGGCAGGGCAUGCAGAGGAAGAGCAAUUUGAUUUUUUAGAAUGUAUUUCAGUUCCCAGCUAUGAUGGAAAGAGAUCCAGCCUGGAACAACUGCUCUGAAGCCCUUUUCCCUCUGCCAAACCAAAACCCUAACCCUCAUGGAGCCAUUUAACAAAGCAAAGUGCCUUUUCAGAAGCUAAUCCUGGGACUUGGAAAGCCUGGCUGUUGUUUCUCGGUGUGCAAAACAUUCUGGAUUGUGAAACGCUGUCACUGGGGGGUGUUUUCGGUACACCUUCCUCGGUACCAAGAACCUUAUUCUCAGAGAGCUUCAGAUGUCAUCUUCCCAGAAUUGGUUUCACCGUCCGUUGUGCACUGUUUUUACAUUCUAAUUUGCAAAGUCCUUUGUUUCCUGGUUCGGUUCGGGGUGAGAUGUAUUGUUUAAUAGAUGCUCCAGCUCCUAGAAUCUCUCUCUCUUAAAACCAGAUCUGCCCUGGCAGGGCCCAGUGAGUGCCUGAUGCACUUCAGAUCCACCUCGCGUGCACAGCUAUCCUGUGUCUUACUGCAGUCGCCCAAGACACUGCACAUUCCCGGCUCUUGGCGACCUGUAAAUAUUUUACGACUGCAGUUAGCUCAAUUUUGUUGACAGCCAGUGCACACCGGGAUGUAUCCAAAUGGCGACGUUAUUAAUAAAAACCAAAAACAAAACCCGCUUUAUCUACAGUUUCUUGAAUAGUACUGCAUUUGUGUUUUGGUGGAAAAAAAAUUUAAAUGCCAAUGAGAGAAAGAGAGCUAUUCACGCAUGAUUCAGGUACUCUGUUUUGGGUAGGGACGAGGGGUAAGUAGAUGUGAUUGGUAAUUUGGAGAAAUAACUAUUCUCUUUCUGAAAUGCAGGAUUCUGUUUGUGUUUCCCCCCAACCCUCACCCUGAUGGCUGGUUGGGGGAGAAUAUUAAAAAAAAAAAAUCCUAGGUUUUAAGCUAUCAUUUGGCCCACUAUUUCUGGUCAUUCCAGAAACAUUCUCAAUAUUGAAUCCUUGUUUCCUAGUGGUGGGUCAGAUUCUGCCUUGUUGGUACCCCUGCUGUUCUUUGUUUAAAAUCACCUUUCCUGCUUCGUAUGCCCCAGUUUUCCCAGAGGAAAUACCCAACAAUGAGAUUUGACCCCUCUGAUAGGAUGGAGUGUGGGAUAGGCAGGGCACCUAACUGGUUUGAUUUUGUCCCCUUCAGUCAUACCAUAGUUCAAAAAUGGUCAACUUGUCCCACCUCAGGGCACUUGGGAUGUCUUUGCAUUUUUGUGACAUCCGGGGAUGCAGUCCAUUGGCCAGUGGGCUCUGGUUUGCUAGACCUUGGAGGUUUGUGCUAACUCAGAAAAGGCCAGAGUUGGUCCCUCCGGGUUGUGUGUUUCCUCAAGUAAACGCUGAGAGGUCCCUUGCUGCCCAGUAGACUGGCACCAUGACUCUUUCAGUGUGAAUGUUCUAAGAGAGCCCCCAAGACAUGUUGUUACCCAUGCAUAAGCAACGUGGUCCACAUUGGAGUCCAGGGAAGCUGAUGUCACACACGUGUGCAGUCCCCCCGUUGGCGCCCUGGUCCUGCCAUUCUGGAAGCCUCUAAUUUAUGAGCCCUGAGUUUCCAUCAAUGGGUUACUUGUGCUUGUAGCUAGUCACAGGAAACGUCUCCAAGAUUUCUUAAAAAACAAGACUUUCUGUCUCAGGCAAAUGUGUUUAUUAGGAAGUAGCUUUUAUAGGUUAGCAAAACGACUUUUUUCCGGAAGUUUGUGUUAAGAGCAGAGCAAAUCUCAGAUGGGAUGUGCUAUGCUGUGCACCAUUGGACAAGUUGGAUGCGAUUCUCACAGCAGCAUAAGUGAGCCAACAGGAGGUGCCGUCGGAUGCCUCAGGCCCCAGUGAGGAAUGGCCCCGGGUGCCUUCGUGUGCAGAGUCUUCUGAAUCCUGGAUUUCUGCUGAGAGGCUGCUAAAGGAAAACCAUGUAGCAUCCUCCCCAAACACGGGAGAUGCUGUGGCAGGGCGGCAUUCUGUGCCCAGCUGUCUCAGCUCCAGGAAGGCGCCGGGGUGAAGCAGGAGUCACCUGCCGUUCACGGAGUGGCAGCUGUACCCACAGGCGCCCCAGGUUCUGGCCAUCACGAUGCAUGCAGGUUGGAGAAUCCGAGUGGCCUAGUCAAGGGGUCUCCACUGGGGCCGAGAGAGGCCUUUGUGCUGAUUGGAGGCCCAGAGGGAGCUACAAGCAACCCUCUCCCUCCAGGUCGUCUCACGGACACCACGGUCCAGCCUGCUUCUCCAGCACGCACAAACAGCGCAUGCUCUGUGCAAGUCUCCAGACAGGAUCCAGAAGCCGGCCCCAAUCCAGUCUGCUCUGAAGGCAUCUGGAAUGUUCCUGUCAGCACAUUUCAUUUGAAAAUGGGGACCCCUUGAGCAGGAGGCUCUGCAGUGACAUCCUGAGACUCUGGGGCUGGGCAGGAAUCAUAGUGUGGCCACAUGGUCUCCACUGAUACUUGACCCCUCCUGGCCUGGCAUCCAGGCUGUGGCGGGAUCACCCUGGGCAUUACUUGUCAGCCCCCACCCUCCCCAACUGGGCUGACGAGGGCGAGGUCCCUGUCAGCCAUGCUGUCCUCUCCCGCUGCUGUCAGCAGCACCAGGGAGCUGUUUCUGCCAGUAUUUGUGGGUUUUUUUUCCUUGUUUUUCUCCUGAUGAGCUGUUGGAAAAACCCCAGGGAGUGUGAGGGUGGAGGCUUGCUGUGAUGGGCGGUGGCAACAGGAGGGGUGAGGGCUGCAUUCCAUGGAGUCCUACCUGGAGACCCAUCAGCCCCAGAAUGCUUCCUGGCUAGUUUCUCUAAGAAACUGGAACUCAGGCUUUCUUCCUGGGGACAGCUCAUCACGCUGACCCCACACCUGUCCCCACCUGACCCCCAAGGCCAUGUGGAGGAGGCCUCCUCUCCUGCCUCAUCUCCUUCUCCCGGCCUCAUGUGGUCCAGAUCAGGCUCCCUUCACCGCACCCCUCCACCCACCUGCGCACAAACCCCUGGCAGUCUGGUCCCUCCCACCCUGUGCUCCGUUUUGGCAGCACCAGGCUUGGGUGCUCGACGCCCCCCACCCACUGCUACACUCACAGAGGUGCCCUGUUGCCCCAACCCUGCAGCUGUAGCUGACUGCCCCCACCCCCUUCACCCAGACCCAGAAAGUCCAGCCUGCUGAGGGCCCAGGUUCUGCAGCCACUGCCCCCAUCUCCCCAGGCCUCCGCGUCCCCACCUGCCAGAGGAGCUCACCUCCCAGGUUGUCACUCAGGCUCUCAGUACAUGCGUGAAGAAGUAGUCCUGAAUUUGUCAUGCUUCCCUCCCCAGUGCUCCCAGUGGGGUCUAUACAGGCCUCCGUGAAGCCUGUGUCGAAUUGGUAUUGUUUGUAUGUCUGCUCCUAGGGGGUGCCUUUCAGAGGGCCGGCCUGCCUCUUUCUUUGGUGUCGCCUGGUGCUCCGCAGAGAGCUGGCCAAGCCGGUGCAGAGGAGAGAGAUGCAAAGGGAGGCCGAGCCUGUGGACAGGCCGCAGCUUUGCUCAGGGGU